GAUGUAGCUGAUGAGAAAGGGAAUGGAGAAAAUCAUCUGAGAGGUGCAGCCAUUCUGGCGCAUCUGGCCGUUCACAUUGAGCCAGAUCUUCACGUUUCCCGGGUCGGGUAUACGCUCUUUGGGGAUGAAUUCACUGACCGGACAAGAUGUGUUGAACGCUUUGGCCAGAGUCCACGGAAGACCUUUAGACUUGCAGUCAUCCUGGACGUCCCGAGCUGUCAUAUCCAAACACAGGGCGUAUCCCUGCGACGUGUUGCAUCGCGGAGGAUUGGGGGAUAGCGGUGCCUCCUUUCCCGAUGACCACCCCCAACUCGAUUUCAUGGUGUACACUGUUGGAGUAUUUGGGAAUGAGGAUAGGUGAGCCCUCUGUCAGAUAUGCAGAUGGAGUCUUCAGGAACAACACGGGCUCUGUUGGGACGAUGUUAUUCAGCUCCUUUGCAUGGUCGGCGUAGUUCCUCCCAACACAGAUGAUCUUCUUUCCCCACUCCCAAAAUCGAGAUAUAUUCCGUGAAGUCAUUGUAAAGAAAUCUUGUCAAGUCUACAGCUGCUCCGAAGCAGUUCUUACCAUCAAAACGACCUUUGCCCGCUGCAGCUUCCUUGAACAAACCCGUCAAACGUACGGUAUCCCAGAGUGGACAAAAAAGGUGACGUGUUACAUAAUAAAAGUUAAUUCAAAAAUAUGAGAUAUUUCGAUACGAAGGAAAUGCAUUAUAUAAAUAUUACAAUGAAGCUAAAUCAGUGCAUGUAUAUUACAAACUCAACUCUGAUUACAAAUAUGACAUCGUAAGGUCCCGUGGGUUCGCUUUCUCCAGCCUAUCAGCUGAUAUUCACGAGCUACUCCCCUCGCAUUCGAUUGGCGUAUCUGUGGAGGUCAACGUUAAAGAAGGCGGAACUCUUCUUUAAACCAAACGUGUUUGGUUCCUGUACAUGCGAUUGCUAUAUUAGCAAACAGCUACAGUGUUGCUGGCUAUGUUUUACAGGUCACUGGUAGCGAGUGCCUGCACUCUUGGCGUUCUUGGAGCCGCUGCAACGUAUAAAAUUGCCCCUGCGCACGUCCAAGCAGCCCUUCUACACAAGGAAGCUCCUGAUAUCCCGAUAAGGAAGUCUUUACUGGUGGAGCAGAGCGACAUGAAGGUAGAACUGCUGCCAGCCCUCACUGACAACUACAUGUACCUUCUCAUUGAUGAGGAGUCAAAGGAAGCUGCCAUCAUAGACCCAGUUGAACCAGUGAAGGUUGUAGAAGCUAUCAGAAAGCACGGUGUGAGACUUACAACAGUUCUGACCACCCAUCACCAUUGGGACCAUGCGGGAGGCAAUGAGAAGAUGGUGAGGCUGGUGCCUGGUCUCACUGUGUACGGAGGAGAUGACCGGGUGGAUGCCCUCACUAAGAAAGUCAAACACUCCAACACGUUCAAAGUUGGUUCACUUACAGUCAAGUGUUUGUUUACGCCAUGCCACACCACUGGCCACAUUUGCUACCUUGUGACCAAAGACAACAGCACUGAGCCUCCAGCUGUCUUCACAGGGGACACACUGUUUGUAGCUGGCUGUGGGAAGUUUUUUGAGGGUACAGCUGAACAGAUGUACAGGGCAUUGAUAGACGUGCUGGGACGUCUGCCCCCUGAAACACGUGUUUACUGUGGUCAUGAGUACACCGUCAACAAUCUGAAGUUCGCUCGAAAUGUGGAGCCCGACAACGAGGUCAUCAAGAAAAAACUAGCAUGGGCAAAGGAGAAAGUCAGUAAUGGAGAACCAACCAUCCCCUCCACUGUGGCUGAAGAAUUCAAAUUCAACCCCUUUAUGAGAGUGAAAGAGAAGUCUGUGCAAGAGCACGCUGGGCAGAAUGACCCUGUUGAAACCAUGAGGAGUCUCCGUAAGGAGAAAGAUGGCUUCCGGGUCCCCAAGGACUGACUGCAGAAUGAAGUCUAGUGAAAUCCGUUCCACUACAUGCGUACCAGUGCACUGGACUUGUUACUAACAACUAUGGCAAAAUAUUUCCUACCUGUUUCAUUCACUACAUAAAAUACUGUAUUUACUACAUUUCAACAUUCUGUACAUUAGCUUGUAGACCUAAUGCAAGCAUCAAGCAAAACAUUGUAGUCUCGUCACGAGGAAGACUAGAGUAUAAACUGGAUUUACAGAAUACAAUUUGAUAUGUAUUGCAGAAGAUUGAUUCAAGAAUCUUGACUUUAAUUAAGUUUUAAUUUAGCUUUUAAUCAGGUUUGAUUACUGAAAUGUACAGUUUGAUGUAGAGUGAAUACAGUAUUGAUAUUCUGUAAUGUGAAAAAUAAUAUUUUAAUAAACCCCAACAAUUCUUAUCUGCAGAAGCAAAACCAAACUAUAAAGAGCAGGGUGAAGCUUGAAUAAGUAGAUUGUCUUAAUGUGCAAUGUUUGUAAAUUAAUUUAGACUUUUUGUCUCUGUAUAAAGGUUUCUUAUCAAGUGUUUUACUUUAAUAUGGUAUAUUCACUCAAGACUAUUUCCGAGGUUUGGGGUAUAGUCCCUUUAGAGAAGCCAGGGCUACCUUAGUGUGAUUGCUGGACAUAUAGAAAAUCAAGACUGAAGCGCUUCCUAACAUCUCUCAUACUAUAGAAAAUAAGACAACUUAUGCUCUUUGUUAAUCAAAAGCUCCAUAUAUAUACACAUACAUCAGGCUUUGAGUGCCAAUGUGAAGUUCGUGAUGCAUAGGUUUUAUUAAAAGCUCCAUUGUCUCCUUCACAGAAAAAGCAAUAAAGCAGAUUGUUUCUAUU